AUGACUCACCCCAGCGGCCUUGUCGCUAGAGGCGCUGGCACUGGAGGCACUGGUGCUACAGGUGCUGGAGGUGUUGGAGCUGCCGAUUCUAGAGGUGCUCGUGCUGGAGAUUCUGGAGCUGCUGGAGCUGCUGGUGGUGCUGCUGCUGGAGGUGCUAGAGGUGCUGGAGGUACUGGAGCUGCUGGUCCCGGAGGUGCUCGUACUGGAGGUACUGGAGCUGCCAGAGCUGGUGGUGCUGCUGGUGCUGGAGGUGCUGGAGGUACAGGAGGUGCCGGAGCUAUUGGUUUCGGUGGUGCUAUUGCUGCUGGAGGUGCUGGAGCUGCUGGUCCCGGAGUUGCUCAUACAGGAGGUACUGGAGCUGCCGGAGCUAGUGGUGCUGCUGCUAGUGGAGGUGCUGGAGCUGCUGGUCCUGGAGGUGCUCGUGCUGUAGGUACUGGAGCUGCCAGAGCUGGUGGUGCUGCUGGUGCUGCUGGAGGUCCCGAAGGUGCUCGUACUGGAGGUACUGGAGCUACUAGUGCUGAAGGUGCUGGAGGUGCUGGAGCUGCUGGAGCUGCUCGUCUUGGAGUUGCUCGUACUGGAGGUAAUAGAGCUACUGGUGCUGGAGGUGCUGGAGCUGCUGAUUCUAGAGGUGCUCGUGCUGGAGUAUCUGGAGCUGCUAAAGCUGGUGGUGGUGCUGCUGCUGGAGGUGCUAGAGGUGCUGGAGGUACUGGAGCUGCUGGUCCCGGAGGUGCUCGUACUGGAGGUACUGGAGCUGCCAGAGCUGGUGGUCGUGCUGGUGUUGGAGGUGCUGGAGGUACUGGAGGUGCUGGAGCUACUGGUUUCGGUGGUGCUAUUGCUGCUGGAGGUGCUGGAGGUGCUGGUCCCGGAAUUGCUCGUACUGGAGGUACUCGAACUGCUGGAGCUGGUGGUGCUGCUGCUCCUGGAGGUGCUAGAGCUGCUGGUCCCGGAGGUGCUCGUACUGAGAUACUGGAGCUGCCGGAGCUAGUGGUGGUGCUGCUAGUGGAGGUGCUGGAGCUGCUGGUCCUGGAGGUGCUCGUGCUGGAGGUACUGGAGCUGCCGGAGCUGGUGGUGCUGCUGGUGCUGCUGGAGGUCCCGGAGGUGCUCGUACUGGAGGUACUGGAGCUACUUGUGCUGAAAUUGCUGGAGGUGCUGGCGGUGCUGGAGGUGUUGGAGGUGCUGGAGGUGCUGGAGCUGCUGGAGCUGCUGGUCUCGGAGUUGAUCGUACUGGAGGUAAUAGAGCUACUGGUGCUGGAGGUGCUGGAGGAGCUGGUGGUACUGGAGGUGCUGGAGGUGCUAGAGCUGGAAGGGCUGGAGCUGGAGUCACAGGUGCUGGAGGCGCUGGAGCUGGAGGCCUUGGCGCUGGGGGUGCUAGCGUUGGGGGAGCUGGAGCUGGCUGUACUGGUGCUGAAGGCACUAUGCCGCGGCGCAUGUUCUUCGCUCCACCGUCGCCUUCGUCUCUGCCGCCCCCUGGCUCGGGGCUUCGCCAGGUUCUUAGUCUCCCGUCUUCUACUGGCCUUACUCUUCCCUUUCUGUGUCCACCGCCUAACCAAUCGCAGCCACAGUUACAGCCAGCCUCCCCACUGCCUGCUCCUUCUCCUUACACUGAGCAGGCAUACUCUCUUGCAGAGAGUCGUGAGCCUGCGUCUCACCCUGCCUCGCUUCUUCACUCUGGUCGCACUGGUCGUCGUGCUCCGCGUCCGCGUCCUCCUGUCUCCAGCACUCACAGUAUGA